AUGGGAAAUAGAGGCACCCUUUUGGUGUUGCUCCUUGUUUUUUGCCAUGGUGUGGCAAUUACAAUGGGGUUUUGGAUGACAGAGGGGAAAGAGAGAGAAGAGAGAUCUGCAAGGGCAGAUAAAAUGUUCAUGAUGCAGAAAUCCAAGCGCGUAGCAAAGACUGAUGCAGGUGAGAUGCGAGUGCUAGAAAGCUAUGGUGGUAGGAUUUUGGAGAGGGCUUUGAACAUUGGUUUCAUCACUAUGGAACCAAGGUCCCUCUUCAUUCCUCAGUAUCUUGACUCUAGUUUGAUCAUAUUCCUGCGUACAGGAGAAGCAAAGUUGGGAUUCAUAUACAAAGAUGAACUAGCGGAAAGGCAUUUGAAGACGGGGGAUGUGUAUCAAAUUCCAGCUGGUUCUGCAUUCUAUUUGGUGAAUAUUGAAGAGAGUCAAAGACUUCACAUUAUCUGCAGCAUUGACCCCUCAGAGAGUUUGGGAAUUGAUAUUUUCCAGUCCUUCUAUAUUGGAGGAGGAGCCAAUCCAGCAUCGGUACUUUCUGGAUUCGAGCCUGAAAUCCUUGAAGCUGCUUUUAACGUAUCAGGAGCAGAUUUGAGAAGACUCCUUAGUAAGCAACAUGAAGGCCCAAUUGUGCAUGUGGGCGAUUCACAUGCCACAAGCAUAUGGACCAAGUUCCUUCAACUUAAGGAGGAAGAAAAACUGCAACACCUGAGGAACAUGGUGCAAGAACUAGAAGAAGAAAGUGAUGAAGAAGAGCAGCAAACAAGUUUUUCAUGGAGGAAGCUCUUGGAAUCUGUAUUUGGUGAUGAGAACAAGAACACAAGGGAUUAUUCUCGUAAAUCCCCUCACUCUUGCAACCUCUAUGAUAGAAAACCAGAUUUCAUGAACAACUAUGGUUGGAGCGUUGCUAUAGAUGGCUAUGAUUAUUCUCCACUCAAAAGUUCUGGCGUUGGCAUUUAUCACGUCAAUCUCACAGCGGGAUCUAUGAUGUCACCCCAUGUGAAUCCAAGGGCAACCGAGUAUGGCAUAGUGUUGAAAGGGUCAGGUAGAAUCCAAAUUGUGUUUCCAAAUGGAAGCAAUGCAAUGGACACCCACGUCAAAGAAGGAGAUGUGUUCUUUAUCCCAAGGUACUUUGCGUUCUGCCAAAUAGCAUCAAGGAAUGAACCAUUAGAGUUCUUUGGGUUCACCACCUCAGCUCAAAGGAACAAGCCAUACUUUUUGGUUGGUGCCACGUCACUUAUGAGGACCAUGAUGGGGCCUGAGCUUGCAGCUGCAUUUGGGGUGAGUGAGGACACCAUAGAUCGUGUGGCUAAGGCCCAACAUGAAGCUGUUAUUCUACCCACUCCAUGGGCAGCACAUGAACACCAAAAUAGGGAGAAGGUGGAUACGCUUCCAAAGCUUAUUAGGAAUAAGAUGAUUAUGGGUUUUUGA